CACAGGUGACUGUUGUUGGCGGUGUUUUCACCACUCAGACGGGAUAAAUAGUAGUUUUGAAAGCUAUUUAUUUGAAAGAAGCCAUGUUAGCUGAGGCUCGGGGUCCUGAGCCCCUGGCUGCAGGAGCACAGUGGGAGCCCCCCACCUCUGGGAAAUAUAUCAAAGAUCCAGGGAUACACCAGAGGCAAAAGGGUGGAAAGCACCAGCGACAAGCGUCAAGCCAAAGAAGCUGCUUCUUGGGGUUGGAAAUGAAGCCAGAGCUGGUCUGGGAGGACUGGGACCUGCGAAGAAAGUUCACCAAGACAUUAGUGUUAAAGAAUAUCCAUAGCAAGUUGCAGAAGCUACACGUCAGGCCUCCUGUGUCCAAGUUUUUCACCACCAUGAUUCCCCAGACAAUUGUUCUCAGCCCAGGGACUUCUUUUUCAAUGCCAGUCAUCUUUAGACCACUCCAGAAGUGUGAGUAUGAAGACAGCAUUGAGUUUCAAGGUAAAGAUGGCAGCUUCCAAGUAUGCCUCCGUGCCAUCAUUCCCUGCCAUGCCCUGGAGUUGCCCGACUCUGUGCUGCUGCCACUCUGUGCUGUUCAACACUCCUCACAUACUACGUUCCUGCUCAGAAAUGUCAGUAAACUCCAGACAUGCUUCCAGUGGCAGUGCACAGCACCGUUCCAGCUAGCCCCUGAGCAAGGCUUAUUGAAGCCUGGCCAGGAGUGUCACAUCACUGUGGUCUUCCAACCACAAGAGGCACUGGUGUGCCAGCAACAGGCGUACUGCUGGUUUGGAGAAGAAGGGGACAAGGCAGAGAGCUGCUGCACUGUACUCCUGCAGGGACUAGCCAAGUACCCAUGUCUUCAGCUGAGAAAUCCAGGUACCAAGGAUGAAAAAGAACAGUGUAGUCCAGUGCUGCACUUUGGCUCCGUGGCAGUCGGCCAAAGUUUGCAGAAACACUUUGACAUCUUCAACCCCUCUCCUGUUACUGCGUCUUUCUCUCUGUCACACCUGUCCAAUGGGGUGCCUUUAUUGGGGUCAGAGUUCAGAUGUGAUGUCACCAGGGGUAAGGUGGCGCCUGGUGGAUCACUACGGGCUGCAGUCACCUAUACUCCUGCUGUGGUGGAUACCGUCGCUGUAGAGUACCUGUCUCUAAAAUGUAGAGGGGCACUCAAUGAAAGUCUGCUCAAACUCACUGGAAACUGUACAGGUGUCAAAGUUUCCUUGUCAUCCUCUGUGGUGGACUUUGGCUGUGUUGAGGAAGGACAAGCGGUCGUACGGACAGUGGAGCUGUUUAAUUCUUCGCCCGUUGAUGCUAUCUACCAAUGGGACCUGGACUGUAGCGGGCACAGUGUUUUCAGCAUCCAUCCAGCAAAUGGUACCUUACGCCCACAGAGCCAUACCACACUGAAGGCAGUCUAUAGGCCCACACAUCCUAUUGCACAUCACAGGAGAGUGCCAUGUCUCAUACUGCACAGGGACCCCAUGUUCCUUGACCUGAUUGGUACCUGUCGCUCAGAGCAUCAGCAACCGGCCAUACUGAAACCUGAACACUUGGUUCUGUACAAGCUCCACUGGUACCGCAGACAGGAACUGCCAGACACUCCCAGUGCCAUGCAGCCAGAUCCUAAUGUCCGCUUGGACCAACAGGGAGUGCUCUGCCCCGUGGAGGAGCAGUCACACCAGAGACCAGACAGUGCUGGUGCUAUGUCAAGAACUCCCAUGGAGGAAUAUUACGAAACCUGCAUGGGGUACAUGGAUCCCCUCUCCUGCGGUUCUUUAUUUUCUCCACAUGUAUCCGUGGUGCCCAGUGAGCUACUAUUUAAUCACAAAAUGUCCUCCUCUUUGUCGACUUCAUCCACUUCCUCUCAGUCAGUCUCCAUCACCAACCACACCAGAGGGAAACUCAGCCUGGUGUGGACUGCUCCCCAAGACUCUCCGUUCUCUGUAGCUCCCUUAUCAUUUGACUUGGCUCCACUGAAGUCCACCUCAUUCAGAGUGACCUAUGACCCCAAGCAGUUCAAUACUCUCCACGCAGCACAACUUGAGUGCUUUGCAUUCUCUAAGGUGCUGCAAGACAAUAAGCAAAUAGAGGAGCCACUGCUGUGUCCACCCUGGUGUGUGACUGUCAGAGUCAUAGGCCACUCCUUUCAGCCAGGCAAAGAGCAUUUCAUCCCAUGCUGCUCACUGAAGCCCCCUCGAGUGGUGUUCCCAGCCCUUAGUGCUCUUUCCUAUCGGACAGUACUCCUCCAGAAUUCCGGAGACCUACCCCUGACUUUCUGUUUGGACCACAGCUCAUAUCCUGCCUUGGCAGAAUCUGUGUUUGUAGUGCCGAGCUGUGGUUUGAUCCAGCCUGGGAAUCAUCAAAUCCUCACCCUCAGAACAACUCCCACAGAAGACAGUCCUAAACAGGGGUUCAGUUUACUCUUUCAGCUCAAUGCAGCGAAACACACAAAGGAGCUGAAAGUUGUUAGUGUGGUGGAAAAGCUGUGUGUGUCUUUGGAAGGAGACAGCAGUUUAUAUUUCCACCCAACAGCAGUGGGCUCACGGACCACGCGCUCCCACCACAUCAGGAACCUCAGCCGCCUACCUCUACGAUUCCAGUGGAGCAUUCCAGAGCCAGACCAGGAGCUUAUCUCUGUUGAACCGGAUGCUGGCGAACUGCAUCCCAAUGAGAGCUCAGCCCAAAUAUGGUCCUUCAGCCCACUGGCCGAAGAAACAUACACAUUCAAAGCCACUCUCACCUUCUGGCCGAUCCAGACACCUGGAUUUAACAAGUCACAGCUUACCCUUAAAGUGGUGGGAAUGGGCUCUAAAGGCUUCAUAGAGGCAGAGAAAGCGGUUCUGGAUGUUGGGGAGAUUCUGGUUGGAAGCUGUCGGUCAAUUGAGGUUCCUCUCGUGAACAACAGCCCCUGUCCUGUCUCCUUUUGUCUCUCUGUACAGCAGAAACUUGUGGAACCUAUUUAUGACCCAGAGACUGUGCCAAGUGCCUUACAGCUGGACUGUGAGAGGGGAACCAUCGCAUCACACUCCACAAUGCUGCUUCGAUCCACUGUCAGACCACACAGACGAGCCCAGCACCUGUGGACCAUCAGCUACCAGACGCUGGAUGCCAGUGGAUUUGUGUCGUCUCCUCCCCAAGCAGUGUGUGAAGUGCGAGCUAAGGGCGUGUUUCCCACCCUCAAGGUGAUUGAUGUGUGCGGUGGUGGCAGUGUGGGAAGAAUCAGCAAGGUGCUUCUGUGGAAACUCUUCUCACUCGACAGCCUCAACGAGCACCUUCUCUCCAACCCCACCUCUGCAGAACUCACGUACAGAACCCCCACCAGGCACAGUCUGCGCUCUUGUCCUUCCAUCUUCACUAAAGCCAUGUUGGAUUUUAACUUCAGUGCCGCUCCCCUGAAUUCAGACCCCUCAACUUUUGCGUUGAUGUUUCACAACCCUUGCUCCAUUCCUGUAGACUGGGCAUUCUUGUUUCCAGAAGACCAACAGAUUGAAUUGGAGUACUGGGCUGAGACAGGAGAGUUUAGCAGCACAGAGCUGUACCAGAUGAAGGUUCAGGACAACCAUCUGUUCAGCGUUUCUCCCCGUUCUGGAACUUUGCUCCCUGGCCAGCAGAGGGCAGUACUCUUCAGCUACAGCCAUGACUUUGUUGGGACAGAUCGGUUUCCUGUCGUGUUCAAACUUUCUUAUGGCAGAGAGAUCUUGCUGAACUUUCAGGGGGUGACGGUGGAAAGAGACAGGUUGUAUCUUCACUUUGUUUCCAAGCGACACGUCUUCACUUCUGUAACGAUUGGGGACUGUUCUCCUCCGAGGCAGGGGUAUGAACUACACAACCGUGGUGCAGUGCCAGUCCAUUAUGAGGUGGACAAGGCUAUGCUGUCACAGCUACAGGUGGAUAACUUUAAUCAUCCAGUGCUGUGCUGCCUGAAUCCAGAGGGAGAGGUCUUACCUGGGAAGACGAUCCUGCUGGAAUGGAUCUUCUCUCCAAUGGAGGCUAAAAUGUACUAUAUAGAUAUUUUGAUCCACAUCCAGGAUGGGGACUCCGUGCUAGUGAGGUUUGAGGGAUGUGGGUUUCAUUCUCCUGCACUGGGCUCCAAAAACCCAUUGAACUGUAUUGAUAGUGAGGCAUCUGAACCCUGUGUCCAGAGGCUGCCUUUUCCAGGACAGGUUGCACUCCUGUCUGAGGACAGUGUCUCUCUAGGCAACAUCCCUGUGUGCUCACGAGUUUCAAGAAUCCUAUUCCUGACCAAUGUGUCCCACACAGACACUGUUCACUACACAUGGGACCUGCUCCAGCAGGGCAGUCAGCAGGUGGUGCAGAUCCAUCCAGAGCGAGGUAGUCUGUGUCCAGGGGAGAGUGCCCUUUGUGUUCUUACAUUCACUUCUACUGACUACCCCACUUGUUAUCAGUUAGAUGUCAUCUGUCAGGUUAUUCAGGAAGCCGCACUGACUCGGUAUCAUGAUGCUUUGCAGCGUUGGGAGGAAAAGAAAGAGAGACAGCAAGAUGAAUUUACUAUCACGGACAAAAAUCAUACGGAAAGCCAAAGAGUUCUGAUAGAUGAGGAACUUACAGGAGCUCCAGUAAGAAAAGGGCCAUCAUUCAGGAAAUACAAGACUCUUCCUCCUAUCUGCGGCAGUAGUAGUUGUGAGGCACUGGGCACUAUAUGUACCAAGGUAACAAGAGCUGAGCGGCGGGCACAGCGAGGCAUGGCAAAAGUAUGUAGGCGCCCUAAACCCCCACAACCUGCUCUACUGCACCUGGAGGUUACAGCACACUCCCAUGGGCUUCUGGAGUACCUGACACACUUCCCUGAGCAGUUCAAUGAGCACUAUAGGUGGCUCCAGUCAGUUAAGCCCCAGCAACUUGAAACCACUUCUUCAAGCACAUCCCUCCCUGCCGGACUGCAGACACACGGCCCUGAGAGAGAGAUCAUCACACAUGUACUCACCACUCUGCUCAGGGGCAUACUUGAUGAGCCAGCCUUCACCCAGUCUCUGAUUACCUCGGCACCAAAGCCCAUAUCCUAUCAGCUUCGAGAAACUACUCCCCCUCACUGCUCCUCGUUUCCAUCCUCCCUCCCUCCUCCUCACUGUCCCACAUCUUCUCACUGUGAACCUCAGGUUCUGUUAAGUGGGGCAAUGACAGGGCAGAAAGAACAGCACAACCCUGUGGACAGUGAGGGCACUGCAGGAUGUUCAGGAAACAGGCCAGAAACACAGAACACUCUGCACACAGAACAUAUGCCUGCUGACAUGAUGGAGGAUGUUUUGCUGAACACCCUUCAGAACCUGAUGAUGGAAGCUGUCAGAGGGGAGCUUGUCCUAACAGCGCAUCCUCGCACUGUUAUCUUGCCUCCUGUUUCUACCAGGACCAGGAGGACUGCUGUGGCUGAGGAUGAGACAGAACAUUUGAAAAACAAACAGGAAACAGCAGAAAGUUAAGUCUCACCAUCUACCCAACGUCCAAGAGGUCUGUCUUCAUUAAAAUACAUCUUAUAGUU